UACAUUUUUACGAGUAAAGGCAGAAACUUAAUGGAAUUGUAGUGGCAUUGUGCCAACCAACUUUCCAAACUUUAGAAUCUACGCUUCAAUGGUGUUAUGACUUAUGACCGAUCCGAUUCCCUCCUAAUCGCGUAACUGAUGUUCUAGGCUUGACUCCACUAUAUAUCGGACGAACCCAUUUCGUCCACCGCAACUCCUCAGCGACUGUACCGGAGUUAUACACAUCGACUCUGGAAAACAGAUGGCUUUGGAGAUCUGUGUCAAGGCCGCUGCUGGUGCCCCAGAUACUCUUGGAGACUGUCCGUUCUGCCAUAGGGUUCUGCUGACCCUGGAGGAGAAGAAAAUCCCCCACAAGACCCACCUCAUCAAUCUCAGUGACAAACCCCAAUGGUUCUUGGAGAUAAGCCCAGAAGGAAAAGUGCCUGUGGUGAAGUUUGAUGACAAAUGGGUGCCUGACUCUGAUGUUAUUGUUGGAAUUCUUGAAGAGAAGUACCCUGAGCCUUCUCUUGUCACUCCACCUGAAUUAGCCCCUGUAGAGGUCUUGUAUGAAUUACUUCCAACUGAUUAUUUUGUUCUUGGUUCAAAUUGUGAGAGCAGCGGAUCAAAAAUAUUUGGAUCUUUUGUUAAGUUUGUCAAGAGCAAGGAUCCCAAUGAUGGGUCUGAGCAGGCUUUGCUUGAUGAACUGAAGGCAUUGGAUGAGCAUCUUAAGGGACAUGGUCCAUUCAUUGCUAGCGAAAAGAUCACCGCUGUUGAUUUGAGCUUGGGGCCAAAGCUUUACCAUCUUGAGAUUGCUCUUGGCCACUUUAAGAAGUGGACUGUCCCAGAAGGAUUAACCAAUGUUCACAGCUACAUGAAGUUGAUUUUCUCUCGGGAAUCAUUUGUGAAAACAAAGGCUGAAAAGCAGUUCGUGAUUGCCGGAUGGGAGCCGAAGGUCAAUGCAUGAAUUAGCUCCAAAAUUUAAGAUUCCUGAACUCUAAUUAUGAACUGGGUAUGUCUGAUAUGUAAGACCAUAUGAAACCUCGUUAUUCUGCUUCUCUAGUAAGUAAUGUAUCAAUCUUGCUGUGUAAUAGCUAUGGUAUUUGCUAUCAUCUCUUGUUUGAGAAAAUUCUGGUGUGCUCAUAACCCUUUUUUUCUUUUUUCUAAAUCUGUGCUGAAUGCUAAAACAUCUGAGCUGAGCUGAGCUGCAAAGGUGAUUCUUGAACAAAAGCAAGUUAAACAC